GUUGGCAUUGCUUGUCCUACCGCUACAGUGGGACUACAAGACUUACUAUAAACAAAUGAUCGACACCCUCAAUACCUAAACGCCCAGAACACACACUCUUGUUCGGAGAAACUCAUCAUGGCCAAAGGUUCAAAUUCACAUACACCAUCAACCAAAAGACGAGGAGGUCCCUCUAAUAGGCGGGGGAAGUCACGGGGAAGAGGGGGCUCUUCCUCUCACCGCUCAUAUCAAGCCGACUCUCUGGAUAAUGUCAGACCAGAAAGCGCGAUCGACGAAGUCGAUGCAGAUGCAAACGGUUCAGGCGAAGAAGAUGUAGAAGGUGAAGAAAGUCAGAUUGUGAUUGAGGUGCCUGUUGCUAUGUGGGAUUUCGAUCAGUGCGAUCCGAAACGAUGUUCAGGAAAGCGACUUGCUCGACUGGGGCUGAUUCAAGACUUGAAAGUGGGGCAGAAGUUUAGAGGUGUCGUUGUUACGCCGAAGGCUACUCUCCCUGUGAGCCCCGCCGAUCGUGAUCUUAUAGCGAAGAACGGGCUUGCCGUAGUCGAGUGUUCGUGGGCUCGUUUGGAUGAUGUUCCCUUUGGAAAAAUAGCAAGUCCCACAGAGAGACUUCUGCCAUAUCUAGUCGCAACCAAUCCUGUUAAUUAUGGCAAACCAUGGCGGCUCAAUUGUGUCGAAGCUCUAGCAGCUGCGUUUUACAUUACUGGAUUUGAUUCUUAUGCAGAACGAUUGUUGGGUGCAUUUGGAUGGGGAGGUGCGUUUCAUAAAGUCAAUCGUUGUUUUAUUGACGAAUACAAGAAGUGCAAAAGCUCAGAGGAGGUGGUCGCUACACAAGAGCGUAUCCUGAAGGAGUCAGAAGAUGCUUACGAUAAAUCAAGACAAGCUACUGCAGAGCAAGGAGUAGACGGAGAGGAUUUACUCGUGCCGAAUCCCAAUCAUCAGAACUUUCAAGUUGAUGAGGACGAUAGUGACGAGAACGAUGAGAACGGCUCUGGUUCAUGAUCUCUGGUUCACUCGUUUGUAUCCUUGAAUACUUUGUAGCAUUAGAACUCAUGUUUUGUAUAAUUACUAUGGCAAUCAGGAUGUACGGUACUGAAGCUUCACACUGGAGCUGACUGAGAGACGUAGAUAAGAUUAGAUUGGCGCCAACAUCUAUAGCACUGCUAACUUUUAUGUUUUCC